ACUUGCGGUGAGGCGAACGGAGGUGGCGGCAGGGCUGGGGUUUAGCGGGGCCUUCGAGCUUCGUACCUCCGAGCAGUCCCAGGGAUUCCGGGGAUCGAUCUUUUCUGCGCUGGAGCCUACCCCCGCCGCCGCGGCGUCACCGGGGCAAGAAACCGCCCCGGCCCCUGGUGGCGGAAGGGAAGAAGCAGGCCGGGGGGAGGGGAGAGGAGAGAGGGCAGUUCUUGCCCCAGAAGGGUUGGGAAGGGGCAAGGAGGUGUCGCUACGAGCUGUCAGCCUUAUCAACUGCAUCCCCAGCCCCCAGCCCUGCGCCUCCGGUCCCUUCUGAGCCCCUUCUAACCAGCCACUUCAUUUUUCUCACCUGGACCAUUUCCUGAGGUAAAUGUGUAGAGCAUGGAGUUACUGAAUAUCAGAACCAGAAGACACCUCAACGAUCAUCUAGUCUAGUCCCAAGACACUGUGUGGUGUUGCUGAAAGAGCUCUGGGCAUAGUUUAAAUCUCAGCUUUAACACUAGCUUUGUGGCCGUGGGUUGGACACAUUCAGUUUGCUUAGAAGUCGACAUUUUGCAAGAUGGGUGAAAGAAAAGGUGUAAACAAGUACUACCCUCCAGACUUUGAUCCAGCAAAGCAUGGCUCUCUCAAUCGAUACCACCACAGCCACCCACUUCGGGAGAGGGCACGGAAGCUUUCACAGGGCAUUCUUGUCAUCAGAUUUGAGAUGCCCUAUAACAUCUGGUGUGAUGGCUGUAAGAACCACAUUGGCAUGGGUGUUCGUUACAAUGCUGAAAAGAAGAAGGUUGGCAAUUAUUACACAACCCCAAUCUACAGGUUCAGAAUGAAAUGUCACCUCUGUGUCAACUACAUCGAGAUGCAGACAGAUCCUGCCAAUUGUGACUAUGUGAUUGUGAGUGGUGCCCAGAGGAAGGAGGAGCGCUGGGACAUGGCAGAUAAUGAACAGAUCCUGACCACAGAGCAGGAGAAGAAACAGAAGCUGGAAACAGACGCCAUGUUCCGCCUGGAGCAUGGCACCACAGACCAGAGCAAGUUACAGAAGGCCAUUCCCACCCUGUCCAACAUCCAGGAAGCCCAGAGCGCCUGGAAGGAUGACUUUGCCCUUAACAGCAUGCUAAGGAGGAAGUUUAGGGAAAAGAAAAAGGCCAUAAAGGAAGAGGAGGAAAAAACACUGGCCCUGCAGACCAAGGCAAACCUCAGUAUCCCCCUGGUGCCUGAAACAGAGGAGGACCGGAAGCUUGCUGCCCUGCUCAAGUACCACAGCCUGGACUCAUAUGAAGACAAACAGAAAUUGAAACGGACAGAAAUCUUUGGCCGCUCCUGGUUCCCUUCUACCCCAGGACCUGGGGCCAGCAACAGCAAGGUGAACAGUGUCCUCAAGAAGCUGGCAAUUAGCCGAAAACCCAUGCCCAGUGGGUCCUCCAUCACUAGCAGUGACCUGGGAAUUGUUCGUCGGAAGUCUAGGGAUGGCCUGGAGAACCCUCAAGAGUCAGGUGAAGCCCCAGAGCUAAGUGGAAUGAAGGAGGAGGAAGAACACCCCCCAGGAGGAUCUUUGUCAGAUAGAGGUUAUUCCCCAGAUGUGGAGACACAGUCAGGCCCUAGCAACACCUCUGUCCUCAAUUCUUCACUAGUUGCAGACUAUUCAGACUCUGAGAGUGAUUAAUAUUGUAAUUUCCUCCUUCCUAGGCUGGUCUCACACCUUUGCCUCCCUCUCUAAGAAAUUCAGGGUUACCUCUGCCAGCUAAAGUGGGUGCUCACUCCCAGGGAGGCUUCCACUCAACAAAGAAACCAUAUAUAUAUGGGCUUCUCACCAGGCCUUCCAAGAACCAAGAAAUUCUUCCCUUUCCCCCUCCCCCAGAUUUGAUUCCUCUGUAAAUAAUUGGGUUUUUAUUUAUUUAACUGAGAAGGGAGUAUGUGGUGUCUGGCUUGAAUCUCUAACAUGAGUUAUUAAACCCCCGCCUGUUAAAUCCAGUUAGUGCAUCAGAUUAUUAGAUAGCAGUCCCUUCUGUGUGAUUGGGAUAGAGUAGGCAGUGUUAAAAUAGGGAAACUGGGGCUCCCACCCAUGUCUCCCCUAAGUAAGACUUAGAAGUCAUGGGAUUUAGACCUACAAGGGACCUUAGAGAAGGCAAAGGGAAUUGACCAAGAAUACAUCAGUAACACACACAUACACAUAUAUAUGUGUACACUGUUUGCAAUGGUUUUAUAGAUGUGUGUAUAUGUGA